CUUUCGUACGGUCACGCAUUACCAAUCUGAAGGAGUCAUCGCGAGGGUGGGCACGUAAAAGCGCGCAAGUCCGACUCGUACGGGGUUGAAGUACAGGCGCUCUCUUUUUUCCUUCACGAUUCUUCGUUAGUUGAUUGUUUCACUCUCGCGAUUUUUCAUUAUUCGAUUGUUUGUUGUUUCAUCGCUCGAUUUUCGCGUUCUCUUCUACGAAAAGAAGAUCUCCGUUUCCGAUCACAAGCUACCUCUAUCGCUUCUUGAUUCUUGCAAAAGGUGAGAGUCGCGCACGAUCUAAGAUCCUCAUUCUACGCGAUCGCAGAGUCGGGUGACUACUGGACGCUAAGAUCGAAUCUCGCGAAAUAUCUCGCAAUCUCGCGACUCGCUCGCACUCGACGGUCCGUGAAGCAAGUGCCCGCGAAAAUAAGAUUACUACCAAUUGCGCACUUGACGACGCAUCUGAUCUUCGAUUUCAUCUCGAGGAAUCCCGGUGUGAUUUAAUAAAUCUGUUCGGGCUUUUCGCAAACACACGAGAAACCAAAAGAUCCCGAGACGCGAUCUAAUUGUAAGAUCGAAAAGACGUAAAAGAUCUUACACUGCACGCUGUCCUUGUUCGACGUGGGUAAAAAAUUGGAGACAGUGAUUCCGAAAGCACCGAUUAUGUCGACCGAGAACUUCGAGAACUCGAUGGUGGAGCGGCCCUGGGUGACUACUAAACUACAGCAAUUGCUAUUCUUGUGCACGAUGAUCGCCUUGAUAACUAAGGUGAUCGAAAAAACGAGGUUCUUGCACGCUCUGAGGAAGAUACCCUACCCAACGGCGUUACCCAUAAUCGGCAACGCGUAUCAGCUCAACUGUACGCCCGAAGAAUUCUUCCAGAAGAUGAUACAGUGGUCUAAAGAAUUCGGCAACAUUUUCCUAGUCUGGGUCGCUUCGCGACCCUUCAUCUUCCUCUACACAGUCGAGGCGGUGAAGCCCUUGCUUAAAAGCACCACACAUACCAAUAAGAGUCUUGAGUAUGAAUAUCUAAAACCUUGGCUAGGUAUUGGCCUAGUGACCAACAAUGGUUUAAAAUGGUACGUCCGCAGGAAGCUGUUGACACCAAGUUUUCACAGCGGUCUCAACGAUGCGUACCUGAAGAUCAUAAAAAAGCAGUCCGCUAUCCUCAUUUCCUGUCUCCACAAAGAAGUGGGCAAAUGCUUCGACGUCGUACCUUAUGCGAAACGUGCCGCACUCGAUAUGAUAUGUGAAACCUCAAUGGGCUAUUACGUCAACGCCCAAACCAAUUUGAACAACGAAUAUGUUAAAGCUGUGGACAGGAUAGCUUCUAUUGUGCAAAUGCGCUUUACCAACGUGUGGGUGUCCUGGAACCCGAUCUUUAAAUUAACUAAGGCGGGUAAGGAACACGAUCGAUCAUUGAAUAUAAUUCACAGUUUGGUAAACAAGGUGAUCGCUGAAAGGAAACGGCAACGCAACGGUAACUCCAACAGACCGUCGAAAAAACGGCAGGCGCUGCUUGAUUUGUUGCUAGAUAUUUCACAAAAUGGUACUGUUCUCACGGAUAAAGACAUUCGUGAAGAAGUGAAUACUUUCAUGUAUGCUGGUCACGAUACCACAGCGACCAGCAUAUCUUGGGCGCUGUACGUGCUAGGACGGCAUCCUGAAUAUCAGGAAAAGAUACUGAACGAAUACGAUGAAAUAAUUGGCACAGAUGAAAUAACAACAGAAAAUAUAAAUAAAUUAAUAUGGCUUGAUGCUUGCAUCAAGGAGCAGUGGAGGCUUUAUCCUGUGGUCCCGCUCAUCGCGAGACAAAUAUAUGAGCCCAUUGAAAUACUGGGCAUCCAAGUUCCUCGUGGUUCUACAGUGCUGAUUAACUCGUAUCUGUUACAUCGGGAUGCUCGCUUCUUUCCCGAACCGCACGUUUAUCGACCAGAGCGAUUUUUGCCAAACAGCGCGAAAAUACCGCCCUUCGCUUUCAUUCCAUUCAGCGCCGGAUCGCGGAAUUGCAUUGGCUGGAAAUUUGCGACCAUGUUCAUAAAAGUUGCCGUUGUGUCUGUAUUAAAAUCCUUCAACAUAGAAGCUAUCGAGAAAGAGGAUGAUCUGCGAUUCAAAUCCGAGUUAGUAUUGAUCAAUACUAAUGGAAUUCAGCUCAAACUAAUGCCGCGAUGAAACAUAAUUAAUGAUGAAAACACUAUGUGAUGCUUUAGUAUAAAAUUUAUUAAAUAACUUUUAUACUAAAAAAACAUUUUUUAUACUAAAUUAAUACUAAAAAAUAUUUUUUAUAGUAAAUUGUAUA